AGAACAGCAGUUUUUUUUUCUCUCCAGCUUUUCUCUUUCUAUGUAACUUCCGUGUGUUUAGCAACAGCGGGUCUGCAGAGGUUAAAGCCAACAUGAGCGUCCUGUUUCAGCGCUGCUGGCUGGUUCGGAGUAAAGCCGUACCGAACCGAGCCGUCAGGCUGGCUCACAGCUUCAUUCAAAGGGAAACUGGACUGAACCGGACGCUUUCAUCGCGAGCAGAUCUCGUCCACCUGGUGAGUGUCAGUCGGUGGCAAACCUACAGAAGAACACAAUGGCUCAAGUUUCAUGGAUCGAGAUCAUUUUCCUCGAUGCCUCCACCCUCAUCAUCAUCAGGCGAGAAGACUAAGAAAUCAGGGCCUGUGACGUGGAAAUCAUUAGCGGUCACUUUCGCCCUUGGAGGUGCUCUGCUGGGAGGGAUGAAAUAUUUCAAGAAAGAAAAAGAGGAAUUGAUUGAGAAAGAGCGGAACAAAUCUAUCGGGCGGCCGGCGCUGGGCGGGCCGUUCUCGCUGGUCGAUCACAACAACAAGCCCACCGAGAGCGAAGACUUCCUCGGCCAAUGGAUCCUCAUCUAUUUCGGCUUCACUCACUGCCCCGACAUCUGCCCAGACGAGAUAGAGAAGAUGAUUGAAGUUGUGGAUGAAAUAGAUAAAAUCAAGGCUCUUCCAAACUUGACGCCCAUAUUGAUCACAAUAGAUCCAGAUAGAGACACUCCAGAGGCCAUGGCUGCUUAUGUGAAAGAGUUUUCUCCAAAGCUGAUUGGUCUGACGGGGACGACGGCCCAGGUGGACGAGGUCUCCAGGGCCUACAGGGUGUACUACAGUCAGGGGCCCAAGGAUGAAGACAACGAUUACAUCGUUGAUCACACCAUCAUCAUGUACCUCGUUGGACCCGAUGGAGAGUUUGUUGAUUAUUUUGGACAGAAUAAACGGAGUGUGGAGAUCAUCAGCUCCAUAGCGGCUCACAUGAGGAAGUUUAAGAAGGGCAAUUGAUGGUGCAGCCCAUUAAAGCCCACCAUGGACUUGAAAGUUUGUCUUCAGGGGUUUAACUGCUGCUGUCUUAUCAUUUUUACUUUAUAUACAUCCAUAAAUGUAUAAAGACUAUUUCUUUUCACUAA